AAUACGCUAUGUGAAAAACGAUGCUCAGAACAGGCAUAUCAAAAUACAGCCCCCUUUCAUCAGUAUAUAAAGCCUAGGACCUACAUGUUCAUACAGCAAAAUCAACAAUAUGGACGCUGUCGUAAACCGUGUCAGCAUCAACGUCGGUGCCCUCGAGCUUCGUUCUAUAAGCACACUCGAUGUUGCCGUCGUCUCCUUGACUGUGUGGGCUCUAUUCAAGCUCAUCAAGGCAACCCGGCGGCAAGGAGUCAAGACCACACGAUUGAGGGGACCUCCAAAUGAAAGUAUAGUAUUUGGAAAUGGACGGGUGUUGGACAAAUCACCGGAUUCCGCAGAAAUCUACGAGCAGUGGGCUGAGGAGUAUGGCGCGGCCUACAAAGUCCCCUCAGCGUUGGGGAAGUCGCGCAUAGUCCUAUGCGAUCCUAAAGCAAUAUCGCAUUACUAUCCGAGGGAGACGUCCAUUUAUAUCCUCACGCCCGUCAGCAGAAAUGCAAUCGAAAGACUAGCUGGGAGAGGUUUACUGUGGUCUCAUGGUGAAAGCCAUAAAAGACAACGAAAGUCCUUAACACCCGGGUUUAGUAAUACCGCUAUUCGAAGGCUUACAUCAGUUUUCUUUGACUCGGCAUACAAGGCCAAAACUGCAUGGGACGCUAUAUUAGAGUCAAAUCCAGGUGGCAGCGCAGUGAUUGACGUACAAAACUGGAUGAACCAUAUUUCGAUUGACACCAUUGGAAUCGCAGGGUUUUCGCAUGACUUUGGAUCUUUGGAGGGAAAGCGUUCUGCCGUUGUUGAUGCUUUCGAGGAACUAAACUCCGCCAAACCGUCAAUCUUGUCCACUUUCUUUUUCUUGCUCGCUCCUAUGUUCCCUUGGUUAAUCAAGCUGCCCAACUCGCGCGGCAUGAUCGUGCGCAAGCUCAAUCGUGCCAUGGGUGAGAUAUCAAAAGUACUCUUGGAGCGUUCUCGGCAAGAAAUACAGGGCGGUGCCAGUGAAAGUGACCAAGACAAAUCGAUUAUCGGAUUAUUGAUUAAAUCUGAGGAUGAGAAUUCUGCUUUACACGUAACUCCAGAAGAGGUCAUGGCUCAGAUGAAGCUUUUACUUAUUGCUGGUUAUGAAACUACUUCGAUCAGUUUGACGUGGGCUCUGAUUGAAUUAUCGUAUAAUCAAGAAGCUCAAAGGCGGCUGAGAGAAGAACUACAACAGUUUUCUACGAACGACCCGAACUGGGAACAACUAAAUAACGGACUGCCCUACCUGGAUGGGGUAGUGCAAGAAACGCUCCGUCUUCAUCCCCCAAUUACCGAGUCGACACGCCUUGCAGCUGAAGAUGAUGUGAUCCCACUCAGCGUUCCUGUUCAAACUGCCUCUGGCGAAGUUGUCGACCGUCUCACUAUUGCCAAAGAUACGAUUCUCACGAUUCCUAUUCGAUGCGUCAAUCGUUCGGUUGAUUUCUGGGGUCCCGACGCGAAAGAGUUCAACCCUGACCGAUGGAUCGAUGAUGGCAAGAUAUCGGGCAAGGCAAAGGAUCUUCAAGGGCAUCGUCAUUUGCUCACGUUCGCAGAUGGACCAAGGACAUGUCUUGGGAAGGGAUUCGCAUUAGCAGAAUUUAAGGCUGUUUUAUCCGUGCUUAUAAGAAGCUUUGCAUUUGAGCUACGCGACGGACCUGAUACAAAGAUUGAGCGCGCCAGGGGUCUGUUGCCCCGUCCGAGAGUCGCUGGAGAGCAGGGAUGUCGGGUGCCUCUCCUUGUUCGACGAGUAGAGUAGGGGUAUGGACUGAUAGACAAACAUCCUUGGACAACUUUUCUUCUUCAUCAUUGUGCCUUACACUUCGGUGUUGUAUAUAUACAUUGGACAGCCUUAUUGUAUCUCUCAUUGCGUUCUAAUCUACAACUUGGCGAGAAG